AGCAUUAUUCGAUUUCGUCUUGACCUCUCUUUUUUUCAACACCCCUAUCUCUGUUUUCCCAUUUUUCUUUCACAGCUUUCCUUCUCACAAUCUCAGUUUUCAGGUUUCUUUUUGCUCUGCUUCUCUCUGGAAAAAGAAGGCAAUUAGAAAUGAAGAAGUUUGUACUGAAGUUGGAUUUGCCUGAUGACAAAGCCAAGCAGAAGGCUCUCAAGACAGUCUCUACUCUUUCUGGCAUCGAUUCUAUUGCCAUGGACAUGAAGGAUAAGAAAUUAACACUGAUCGGAAGCGUGGACCCAGUGACUGUAGUGAGCAAGUUGCGCAAAUACUGGCAAACACAUAUAAUCUCAGUAGGACCAGCAGUAGAGCCUAAGAAAGAGGAACCAAAGAAGGAAGAACCCAAGAAAGAUGAACCGAAGAAAGAAGAAGAAAAGAAAGAAGAAGAGGCGAAGAAGGAGGAGGCCAAGAAAGAAGAACCGAAGAAAGAAGAAGCGAAGAAGGAGGAGCCAAAGAAAGAAGAAGAGAAGAAGAAAGAGCCAGACCCCGUCUUAGAGCUCGUCAAGGCGUACAAAGCGUACAACCCCCACAUGACUACAUAUUACCAUGUGCAAAGCAUGGAAGAGAAUCCAAAUUCUUGCGUUAUUUGCUGAGCAAGCAAGCUUCUCGAACCCUGAGGUACUGAAAUCUUCCCAAUGCCAAUAGGAGGCCAAAAUCCCAAGAAAGUAGGAGCUGCAUUUGUAUAUAUAACAUGGUCUUUGCCUCGUUGGAAUGUUGCAAAACACUAGUAAUGUGUGUAGAGCAAAUAAAUGUAUUUUAGUGUUCUCUCUUAGUCUUAUUACGGUUUGUAAUGCCUCUCUUGGGAGCUUGAGCUCGCCAAUUUGGUAAUUUUUUUUACUGUGGUAAAAGAAAAUGGAAAACUUCAUUUUCUUUGGUUUUGUGGUUGGUUUUUUGUAGGGCACAGGUGAAUUAAAUAAAAGCAUAGGUAACUCUGAUUUUCUCAA